AUGGUCAACGAUUUACAAUGCGGUUCGGGGAGGCCUAGCAAUUGGAAAUUCGUUGAUGAUGUUACUAUCUCUGAGGGAUUAUUAAGGAAUGGGGAACCGUCUGUAAUCCAGUCUGAUUUAACUUCUAUAGCUACAUGGGCAUCUAAUAACCUGAUGAAAUUGAACGCAAAGAAAUGCAAAGAGAUGCAAAUUUGUUUCUUUCGGAACAAACCUGAACUACCACACUUGUGUGUUGAAGACCAGAUCUUAGAAUGUGUAUCGUCGCACAAGGUUCUUGGAUUGAUUAUCCAGGAUGACCUUAAGUGGAACGAACAUAUUUCGAUGAUUGUUACCAAAGCAUCCAAGCGACUGCAUAUCCUACGUGUCCUACGACGGGGAGGGAUUCCACCGCACGACCUUAUCACAAUUUAUUAUGCAUUGAUUAGAUCUACAUUAGAAUAUUGUUGUACAGUAUGGCAUUGUGGUCUACCUAUGUAUCUGUCUGAACAAGUCGAGAAAAUUCAAAAACGUGCACUGAGGAUUAUACUGCCAGGUCGAUCCUACGGUGAAGCGCAAGAAAUGUUGCAGUGUCCUAGGCUGGAUAUACGUCGAGGUGAACUUUGCGAAAAGACGAUAAAAAAUAUUGCAUUGGGCAGUCGUCUUUCUUCCCAUCUAACUCUCACCAGUGAAAACGAACAUGUGUAUAAUUUAAGGAAUUUUAAACAAUUCGCUUCUUUUAAAUGUAGAACUGAUAGAUUUGGUAAUAGUUUUUUCCCUAGCAUGAUUAGUGUUUUAAACAAAUAAUUGUUCUUAGUUAUAAGUUCUUAUUUAAUAAUCUAAUGAUACAUUGUAAUAUAGUUACUUUUAGUAUUGUAAUUCUCAUUCAAAUCAAUUGUAAAACACAUUGUAAUUCAUUUUCAUGCGAUGAUGUGUUAUUAAAAUACCAUUAUUAUUAUUAUUAUUUACCGACAGCAACGCCAGAGACAAAACGGGUAGAAAAAGUGAAAGAACAGACUUCGAUUAUACACACCCCAGAGGAUUCAGAAACCGAUUCGGAGGGAGAGGAGGGAUUGUCGCUUCCUCAAAACGAAAUGGACGAACUUGUACAAUUAAGCUUACGACCAGAGUCGGUAAACGACGCGACAGUGGACCCAAGUACAAAUGGCGAUAUUAACCAGAGUAGGGAAGUACAUUGUAAUGAAAAUGACGCGAACAGGCUGAACAUACAAGUAGAAGAAACGAUGGAAACGCUUGGUGAUGUCGAAGAAAUACCGCCGCAACCGGUUCUUCCACAAAGGCAAAGGCAGCCACCGUUACGUUUUGGAUACAAUGCACCUCAUGGUUGUCCUACGGGUGAAUUUCCUUUCAUUUGGCAGGACCCUAACGUGGGAUUAGUUCAAAUACGAGAUCCGUGGUUUGGUCCACCUUGGAUUGGACCGAUACAACCUCCGAUGAUACCAGUACCGUGGAUAAGUCCAAUACAAAAUCCCAUGUUCCAUGCACAAGUGAUGAACCCUAUGAUAUCACCACUGCCUUUUGGUUACUACCCAACGUAUUAG